AUGGGUUUUCUAAAAAUCGGAACGCCAUUAAGCUGGGAUGAUGUACAAGAUGUGAAAUCUUUAAUUAGAUUAUAUGGUAUAUUACAGUUUGUACAUGUAUAUAAAUUAAAUAAAGACCGUUAUGAUGAAAAUAUAAUGUUUGGUGAUGAAAUUGAAUAUAUAAUAAUAAGAAAUGAUGAAAGCUUAAAAGAAUCGUCUGCCUUAUUAUGUGCUUCUGAUUUAAUAGAUGAAAUGAUGAAUUUAGAAAGUGUUAUUGACUGUCAAUAUGGUUCACAUUGGACUCCAGAAUAUUCUUCUUUUACUAUAGAAGGUACUCCAUCAGUACCAUUUAAAUUAGAUAUUAAUUCUUCAUGUUUUGUUGAAGAUUGUAUGAGAAUUAGAAGAAGUAAAUUAAAUAAUGUUCUUAGUGCCGUUCAAGGAGCUAGAGCUAUUACACUUCCUUGUUUUCCUAAUGUUCUUUUAAAUAAUAGUGUUCUUAUGGCUAGAAGAAUUACUGGCCAUGAAAGUACAAAAAAGAAAUUUGAUUCAAAAGGAAAAGUCGAAUUUAUAGAAAAUGCGAAAAUUAAAGAAAAGGUUCAUAAUUCAAAUAAUAAUAUACACAAAAUAAUUAAUAAUAAAAACAAUGAAUCUAAAAUUGUUAAUAAUGCAUUUGAUCAAAAUAAAAUCUCUUCUAUUGAAAUGGUAUCCUAUGAGAUGGAUGAAAAUAAAUCUACCAAUUUUGUUAAUUCAGAUACAGUAUUUGCAAAAAAUGACGAAGAAGGAGAAGUAGAAGAAGAAGACGAAAAUGAAAACGAACAACAACAACAACAGCAACAAUACCAAUCGAAUUUACAACAACAAAAUGUACAACCAAAACAACGUCAACAAAUGAUACAAUAUGUCUAUGAUGAUGAAAUAGAAAAUAAAAAUAAAGAAAAGGAUAAUACACCAAGAAGCUGUAAUGAUUACAAUAAUGUUAAUGAUAGUUCAAAUACACAAGAUAUAUUUAUUAGUUCAUUAAAAAAAACAGAUUCACUUUUCGAAUGUGAAGUUUUUAAACCUGAACAAACAAAUAAAUAUAGUAAAAGUGCACUUAUUACAGAUAUGACUAUAAGUCCUCAUGCCAGAUAUGUUACCUUAACACAAAAUAUAAGAAAACGAAGAGGAACCAAAAUUGUAUCCUUUAAUCCUAUAUAUAAAGAUAUUAAUACCGAAAAAAUGGAUCACUGGAAAAUGUCACUUGAUUGUAAUGAUAAAAGACUUUUUAAAAAAGUUAAGAAGAAACUCACAUUAGAUGAACACCUAAUAUGGAAUAAAUCUAUGACAAACAAAAAGAUUAUAGAUAGAAAAAAUAACAAUCCAAGAGAUGAGGUACUAAACACGUCUAAUUUUACAUUAGCUAUGACAAAUAAAGAAGAAAAUAAUAAUGAAAAUAGCCUUAUGGAUAGGGUUUUGAAAAAUAGUUUAUUUGCGAAUAUGGAUGAUGAAGGUGAUUAUAUUUAUGUUUAUAAUAGAGAAUUUAUACAAGAAUAUUCAGAAAAAUGUAAAAAUCCAAUUAAAAAUUAUGUAUAUUUAGAUGCUAUGUUUUUUGGUAUGAGUAUGUGUUGUCAACAAUUAACCAUGUCUUUUCCAACUGUUGAUGAUGCAAAAUAUGUGUAUGAUCAACUAGCCGUUAUUGCACCACUUUUCCUUGCUCUUACUGCAUGUACUCCCUAUUUAGGUGGGUUUCUAACUGAAACAGAUACAAGAUGGAGAGUAAUAUCUAACAGUGUUGAUUGUAGAACGGAAGAAGAAUUAUCAUAUAUAUGUAAACCAAGAUAUUCAGGAAUAUCCUUAUAUAUAUCCAAUGAGUUACCUUUAAAAAGAAAUUACUAUUUUUAUAACGAUGUAGAUGUAAUACUUGACAAAAAUGUGUAUGACAAAUUGAAAAAGGAAAACGUGGAUGAAUAUUUAGCUAGACAUAUAGCAUCUUUAUUUGUAAGAGAUCCAAUUGUUGUUUUUGAAGGUUCCUAUAGUGAACGUGACAUUGCUACAAUUCAGAAGAAAAUAAUGGAAUUGUCAAACGAUGAAGAUAAAAUUAAAGGUAUGGUAGAAGGGUCAUCAUCAAAUAGUUUGUCAUCAAAAGUUUUGUUAGACAAUGAGGAUAGGAAUAAAAAUGAUAGUAGUAUAAAAGAAAUGAAUAAAUCUAAUGAUAAUAACCAUAAUAAUAAUUGCCAUAUUGAAUAUAAUAAUAAAAAAGAUAUAAAUAUGAAUAAGAUAUAUUUAAGUGAUAAUUUUGAAUUUAUAGAAGAUUAUGAAGAAAAGGUUUUAUCAUCUCAUCAACAUUUUGAAAAUUUUCAAAGUACUAAUUGGAAUAGUGUACGUUUUAAGCCACCUCCAAUUCUUGAUAAUCAUUUUAAAGGACCUAGUUCAAUUGGAUGGAGAGUUGAAUUUAGAACUCCUGAUAUUCAAAUUACCGAUUUUGAGAAUUCUUGUGUUGUUACAUUAGUUAUGUUAUUAUCUAAAUUUAUAUUAAAAGAAAGAUUAAAUUUAUAUAUUCCUAUGACAUUGUUAGAAGAAAAUUUAUUUAGAGCAUCCAAAAGAGAAGCUUUAACAAAAGAAAAAUUUUAUUUCCGUAAAGAUCUAAGUUAUGAUACCUUGAAUAAUGAAUUUGAGGAAAAAAGUAUAUAUGAUAUAUUUUUUAAUGAAACCAAUGGAUUGUUUUUCUUAUGUUACAAAUAUGUGGACGAACUAUUUAAAGAAGGAUUAUUAAAUCAAUCAGCCAAAAAUAAAAUAGAUGAAUAUAUUGAAUUCGUUAAACAAAGAUGUAGUGGAAAAAUAUGUACAGGUGCUAUGUAUUUAAGAAAUUUUAUAUUAAAUCAUCCAGCUUAUGAAAAAAAUUCUUAUAUCAAUAGUAAAAUUAAUUAUGAUAUAUGUAAAUUAAUAGCUGAUAUUGGAAAGGGAUUAAUCAUACCACAAGAAUUAUUAGGUGUUUUUGUCGAUCCAUAUAAAGAAAGGAUAAAAAGUGAUAUAAGGCAAAUUAAUGAAAGCCAAUACCUGAAGUCCUUGGCAUAUAAAUAUAUUUCAGGAGAGGAUUAUACGCAAUACUUGCUACUUAAUGAAGUACUUAAGGAUGACCAGGAUUAUUGUACAUGUACCAGACGUACAAUUUAUGAGGAAUCUAUGGAUAAUACAGUGGAGUUUGCAAAAAAAAUGUACGAACUGAGUGCAUAA